AUGUCGCGCACAACCUCCAAACAGAUCGCUACAGCCCCCGUCACGGCUCCUGACCCUGCUUCCGUGAUGACAAUUGAAGAGCAGGCGCGCCGCUACCGAGCGCUCGUUAAAUCGCACAGACAGCUUGAGGCUCGGUUACGCGAGGAGCAGCGUCUGGCAGAAUGGUGGAAGGAACGCGUCGGUGCUCUUGAUAAGCGUUGUCGCGAUGUCAACACUGAGCUACGGGUGGCGCUGGACCAGAAGCGGGCGCUGAUGAAGACGGUGAGGUUCUUGAAGACUGAGGUUGGGCAUCUUUGGAGGUGCCGGUUGGUGGAGGCAAACCAGAUCAAAGAUACGAGCGCCGACUUAGACGCGUUCCUACAAGCGGCGGAAAAAGAGCUGGGUGUUGCGAAGGCUAGCUGGGCCCUCGAUAAAUGGAGAGGGGAAGAGAAUGAGGAUCCAGACAGACAUCUUACAAGCUUAAAAGGGACUGAAGAAGCCCAGACAGACUCACAGGCCAAGGAUCCCGCGAUAAAAGCACUCAUACAAACUUUAUGGAGCGUGCAGUCCGAGGACUCAAUAAUCUCAGAAAAGAGUUCAGUGUGCGAAUGUGAUUCUUCAAGAACUCUCAAGGCGCUGUUCCCACGAAGUGAUGAGAAGGCAAGAGCUAUUGAAGAAGAGCAGCCAGACCCAUUAACUGAGAUGCUCCUCCGUCGGAGAUCUAGAAAAGGCCGAAGUGGAAACGGCACUGCGGAGGAGAUGAGAGUGACUACGCCGAUUGCUGUCGACCAGGCGCCUGCCAUUCCUACAGUAGUCAGAACACCUGUGAACUCAUCAAAUAUACAAAAGUCUACUAGAGGCAGCGCAUCUCGGCAACUGGGAGCAUCGCCUGUUACAGCAUCACCGGCUACAACUUCAUCGAUUACAGCAUCACCACCAGUCACGGAUUCACCUAUCACGCCUUUUGUUGAAGCUCAGACCCCAGAGGCGCUCUCAAAAGCGAGGAAAGAACAUAAACAGGCGCUGAGAAUGAAAUUAAAAGCUACAAGAGAAAAGGUUGAAGGAAUACGGCGAGAGAACGGUGUUCUGGAAGGGCUUCUUAUAGCAGACCGUACCGAUGGGACGAGAGGCUAG